CUGUGAUUCAAUCUUAUUUCCUCCUUUAAUGUUCCUCAAAAGACCGAGCCCACAUCUCAUGCGACUCGCCCAAAUGGCCGCCCACCUCAGCAAUGGCAGCACUGCCUCCGCCUACACCAUGCGAACGCUCCCCAAAUCUAACGUCUUCACCUCGAAGCUCCCACCAGACCCCGCGUUUCCUACCCCCGCCGACUCGCAUAAGGCGCCGCGAGAGACACUAGGACCUAGACUAGUGAAGGGAGCUCUAUAUACAUAUGUACGACCGGAAAUAACACACUCACCGGAGCUCCUCGCUGUCAGCGCGCGGGCGAUGAAGGACCUAGGGCUAGCCGAGGGGGAAGAGAAGAGCGACGAUUUCAAGAGCGUGGUUGCCGGGAACAACAUGAUAGGAUGGGAUGAUGAGAACGAAGAGGGCGUGUAUCCAUGGGCACAGUGUUAUGGGGGCUACCAAUUUGGCCAAUGGGCUGGACAACUAGGGGAUGGCCGCGCAAUAUCCCUUUUCGAAACCACCAAUCCUGCGACCAAUAACCGCUACGAGAUCCAGCUCAAAGGCGCCGGAAAGACACCCUAUUCUCGCUUCGCUGAUGGAAAGGCAGUUUUGCGCUCCAGCAUCCGCGAAUUCGUAGUCUCGGAGUACCUCAAUGCCAUCUCUAUCCCCUCCACCCGCGCUCUCGCCUUGACUCUCUGCCCCCGCUCUCGCGUCGUCCGCGAGCGAGUCGAACCUGGCGCCAUCGUAACGCGUUUCGCACCCUCCUGGCUCCGUCUCGGCACAUUUGAUCUGAUCCGCAUGCGGGGCGACCGCCCCCUCAUGCGCCAACUAGCCGACUAUUCCGCCGAGAACGUACUUGGGGGAUGGGAAGCACUUCCCGCAAAACUGAGCGACCCAUCCCCUGACAGCCCUCUCAACACCGAAACCACCACAGGUAUUCCCCGCGACACGCUCGAAGGCUCUGGCAAAGACAUCGAGAACCGAUACGCGCGGCUAUACCGAGAAGUGGUUAGAAGAAAUGCGAAAACGGUAGCGGCGUGGCAGGCAUACGGAUUUAUGAACGGGGUGCUAAAUACGGAUAAUACGUCGCUCAUGGGGUUGAGUAUUGAUUUCGGCCCUUUUGCGUUUUUGGAUACGUUUGAUCCUACCUACACGCCAAAUCACGACGAUCAUAGCUUGCGGUACUCGUACCGCAACCAACCUACUAUCAUCUGGUGGAAUCUGGUCCGUUUUGGCGAAGCGUUGGGAGAGCUAAUAGGAUCAGGUGCGGGCGUGGACAAAGAGCAGUUCGUUGAGAAGGGCAUACAGGAGGACGAGGCGAAAGAGUUAGUUGAACGCGCGGAGAACUUGAUUGAGAAGGCUGGGGAGGAGUACAAGGCCGUGUUUAUGGGGGAGUAUAAACGGCUCAUGACGCUGCGACUAGGCCUGAAGACAUUCAAGGACAGCGAUUUUGAGGAGUUGUUCAGCGAGUGGUUGGACCUGAUGGAGGCGCACGAGCUCGACUUUCAUCACUGCUUUCGGCGAAUGAGUGGAGUUAAGCUGCAGGACUUGGAGAGCGACGAAGCUAGGAAAGAUGUUGCAGGGAGAUUCUUUGCGAAAGAACCGCCGCGGGAUGAGACCCCGGCCAGAGAAAGAGUCGCGAAGUGGCUGAAGAAAUGGGGGGAGAGGGUGAGGGAGGAUUGGGGAGAGGGCAAAGACGGUGAGCGAGAGACAGAGAUGGCGAAGGUUAAUCCGAAGUUCAUCCCUCGCUCUUGGGUCUUAGACGAACUCAUAGAGCGUGUGGAAAAGAAAGAAGAGCGCGACAUUCUGCAGGGUGUUAUGAAGAUGACGCUGAAUCCCUUCGAAGAGAGCUGGGGGUGGAACGAGAGUGAAGAGGAGCGGCUUUGCGGAGACGUGCCGAAGUAUAAGGGUAUGAUGCAGUGUAGCUGUAGCUCGUAGAUUCAGCGCAGCGACAUGAGUGUACGAUAUAAAAGCACAUAUGAGUACUAUACUGAAUAAGUAUCUAUGUUUGCAAACUGAGAUGGGCUAGUAAGAAUAUGAAAGGGAUGC